CGACACUGACGACAGCAGCAGUGCCACGUCAGCAUUGCCAUGACAGCAGCAGUGCCACGCCAGCAGCAGUGCCACGCCAGCAACAGGGCCACAUCAGCAGUACCUCGUCAGCGGACACCGUACAGCGAACUGCAACUUAUGCUCGGACGCAGCAAACACAUCGCUGCACGUGAAGGGCGGGCAGCCGCAGCGGAACAGCAGCUACCCCUGCCCCACCCCUCUGCAAUGGACGCCCUGGACAAUGCCGCAUCCGGCAGUCCACGCGAGGCGUGCAGCUCGAACCCCCUGGUCCCACAGGUCCAGCAGGUGGGUUCCACUGCAACACCUGCAGGAGCCCUCGAUGCUGCGCCAGUCUGGCAGCAAGGAGAGACCAUGAUAGCCUUUCUGGCCCGCCUGGGCACCUACAUGCAACAAGUACGAGAGGAACAGCAACACGAGGCGGCAGCCGACACGGCGCGCCUCAAUGCCUUUGCACGCGACACGAAGCAACGGAGCCGGCAGCACGCUGAAGCAGCUGCCAACCAUAACAAAGCUCGAAGAGAUGCCGCAUCUGUCCUCAUGCAGCAGGAAGCCGCUCAUACCGCCGCACUCCAAGCAUGCAAUGUUGAUCCGGCAGAGACAACGGAACCAACUGCGGAGGAGCAGACCAAGUCAGCCCUCGCCAACAUGAUGCACCAAGUCAUCCUCACUUGUAAUUGGCAACAAGUGGAGCUGGCUCGGCAGGCACAUACCAUUGCUGAGUAUGAGGAGACUCUCAAGAGCCUCCAUGCCCGCCUUGACGUGUUGGAGAAGGAUGACGUGCCACACAGGCACACGGCAUCAUCAAGCAUUGAUCCAUCGAUCCGUGAGCUGGAAGAACGAAUGGAUCAACUAGUAGCGCUCGCCGAAAAUUUAAACAGUUUCCGACAACCGGCAACCAUCAGCCAGCAAAUAGCCGCCCUACAAGCGGAUCUGCGUCAGCUGCUGCAGCAACCAACCGGGACCUGCAACAGCCUGACGUCUAAACAAUUCAAGAUGCCGAAGUUCAGCAUCGACAAAUUUGACGACUACCACAAGGCGGACCCCAUAAGUUGGUGGCAAGGGUUCACCAACGAGCUCUCCAUCCACUUGGUCCCGCCAGAGUCAAAGAUCUCAGCGCUUUACCUUUGCAGCACCAGUGCCAGCCAAGUGUGACUCAACCACCUGGCUCAAACCGAAGGCGUUGAUAUUGCUAAGCUUU